AUGGCCCCUCAAUUUCAGUCAUCCGAUUGGACGGUCCUGACCUCUCCUACCGUUGACUGUAAGGCAGCAGGCUUAGUGGUCCUGCUGGACAAACAGUUCUGCGACCAGGGUCAACUAACCUAUGCGGACCCACUUCCAGGCAGGGUGCAACAUGUCCGACUUGCCUCGUCAAAGUGGACCCUGGACCUUUUCAACCUCUACCAAAAGCCCCAAACCACGCAAAAGAAUCAAGCUGCAGCAUCCAAGGAACUCCGUAAAAAGGUAUGGCACACUCUCCGGGCCGAGGUCAGUCGCGCUCACUGGCUCGAGAUCAACACCUGCUGCAGCAGCUCCUUGAGGAUCAUCAACUUGUGCAGCUCAACUCUUGGAGCCGUCACGCAGGCCCCACCUACCUGCAUCAUGCUGGACACAGUCUCAUCGACCACUUGCUCGUGCGAGGCACGCAUGCUGAUAGCUUGGCUCGCUUGGCUUGCUGCAUGGCGACAAGGAGGCAGGCACCUACCGCUUGUGGGCACAGUCCGUCUUCAACUCUUCCAGAAAUUGAAUCGGCCACCUCCCCAAUCUGUCAGGACCUGGGAUCACUGGACCCUUGUCCAGACGUGCCUAGACCAGCAGGACCCCCGCAUUCUUCAGCUUCGUCACCGUGUUGGCCAGUGCCUCCCCCAGGUACAGACCCUUGCCGAGCUGGACCAGGUCCUUACCACACAUGCAGCAGCCAUCUUUCCGGCACCAGAACAGCCCCAACGUCUAGCUGUGUGGCAGACUCCGGCAAUGCAAGGUGGCCUGAAGGCCAUGUGGCAGGCCUAUCGUGCAUGGAAAAGACCAGUAGGUGCUGGACUCAGGGAUAUCCUCACCAAAUGGCGGAGCUAUCAACUUUUUCAGCAGAAACAGAGAGCGUUCAAAAAAGCUGGUAAGGAGGCCAAGAAGCACUGGUUCCAGUCCCCACUGGCGGACUUGCAGCAUGCUGCUCAGUCCAAAGAUACAAGGCUCCUCUAUGCCGGUGUUCGAUCCCUGGCCCCAAAAUCCAGGCGAAUUGCCGUCCAGCUCCGAGACGCUUCCGGAUGCAUGCAAGAUGCCUCUGCCCAAGCCGAGCAACUCCGGGCUCACUAUGAGAAAUUGUAUCAAGCACCUGCAGAGUCCACCCCUCCUCCCCCACCUUCUCACAUUCAAAUGGACGUUACAGACACGGAGGUCCUACAUGCCCUCGAUCACCUUCCGAUCCACAAGGCAGUGCCCAGAGGCAUGGCCACCACCUCCUUGUGGCGUAGCUGUUCGGAUGUGCUAGCCUGCUCUACCCCGGCACGCAAACUCAUGGAUGCCUACGAGAACAAGCCCAGAUCCUCCACAAACCAAGGCGGGUUGCAGCUUUCAUUGGACCUAACUUCCGCGUUCGAUGUUCUCUCCUGGCGCUUGCUAUCAGAAGCCAUGCAAGCUGCUCACAUACCCUCCGAGCUUCAGGAUUGGGUCUCUAGCUGGUACAGUGAAGUAACCUAUCACAUUCGGCACCUUGGCUGGGAAAAGUGGGUGCAAGCUUCGCAGGGAGUGCGACAGGGGUGCCUCCUGGCACCCCUGCUUUGGGGUCUUUGCACGGGAUAUCUGCUAGUCACCCUACAACAGGCAACUACAAUUGAGUGGGUAGCUCAAUCAGUGACUGGCUAUGCUGACGAUUUUCAUGCAUCUGACAUGGUCACCUCAUAUGCCACCCUGGUCCGAGCAGAAUCUCGACUCGGCUCACUUCUGGAUGUUCUUGCAGAUGCUCAGAUGCGUAUCAACUCCAAAAAGUCCGCUAUCUUGCUUCGGGUCUGUGGUCGUUUUGCCAAGCGACGUUGCUUUGAAUUCCCACUGAAAGACCAACAUGUCUACUUGGGAGUGACCAUCUCUUACUAUUCUGCUGCCAAGCACACUGUAGCCUACCGCAUGCAGGCUGCCAACCAAGCCUGGCAAAGGCUCCGUAAGAUCCUGUGCUCGCGAACUCAGCUAGAUGUCCGCAAACGCAUCGCCAUCUGGAGGGCCACCGUGAUCCCCACACUGCUGUACGGUCUGGCAGCCACGGCCCCAGCUAUGCGUGACCUUCAGAGAAUCCAACACCAACUUACAAAGCAACUUCGUGCCAUCACACAUCUCUACGCACACCUCAGCAAAGUUUCCACAACUGAUCUGCACAGCAGAUAUGGUGUACCUACAGCCCUUGAUAUCCUCCACAAGGACGUUCGUGCUACUGCUGCCCAACUGCAGGUAUGGCAAGCCGAACAGUGGUCACCUUCGAUCGACGAAUACACAGCCUCAAUGGCCUACCUACUUGUCGUUUAUGUGGUAUGCCUCGUACUGCUGAAGCUUCUGACACUGCUGUGGCCUUGCCCUCAGAUCCCACAUCGCCUGAUCAACCUGCAAUGCCAACCCCUGCUGAAACAGGGUCAAUGGGUGGAUCUGGCCAAUCCUGGCAUGACCGGCUUCACCCUGGACUACAUGGAUCUCGACGACGAGGAGGCCAAAUUUUUCGGAUCAGAUCCUCAGAAAGCCACGCCGCCCACCAAGCGGCCUCGACCGGAGGAGUCCCACUCGAUGACACCGAUGAUCAGGGGCAAAGGCAAAAAUGGCAAAGGGAAAGGGAAAGGCAAAGGAAAGCCAACGGCACCGGCAACCCGUUGGGACUAUGCCAGUGGUUCCGACCAAUGGGAAGCCCCGUGGACCAACGAGAUGAUUCCACCCUACUACCAGGGCGAUCGAUCCCAGGACCCAUACCGGGUGCAAAUGUGGAACCUCACCAGGCUCGUCCUGCAGCAGGAACAGACCUUGGCAUCGCUCCGUCAGGACAUCACCCUCUACCUCUUUGUCAAGACAGGCCAGGGCAGCAUCGUAUCGCUUCUGCAUCAAACUGCGGAGAAAUGGCGGCAAGCGAAGGAAAUCUCGCCACAGACUCUGACCUACUCGCUCAAGAUCGCGAUGUUCAAGCAGCUCAUGAUCGAACUUCAUGGUCGCCUCACCGCGGUGGCCAAGGACACAUCGGAGAUGGAAAAAGCACGGAAGCUGAACUGGACAGACGAACGAGGACACUGGAGAGUACUCAAGUGGGACCUGCUCAAGCAGACAGUGGAGUUGAGGAAGGGAGUCACAGAGGAGGCUCUGCAUCGCUUCCGGAGCUACAAGAAGAUGACAGAACAGCCGGUCACCGAAUGGAUGCAGUUCCGUCUGGAGAUUUCCCUCCGGCCACUGGGAGAUCCAAUCUGGAAUACUCUCCAGACUUGGGUGGGACAAGCGGCAUGGCAUCUGCUCGGCUGUCGCCUACGACGAGAGCGACCCCAGUACAACGGACUGGUCGACCAGGUCGGGGUUGUGCAGCGCGAUCCGAGACCUCUCACAGGCCACCUCCACAUUGUGCAUUUGCCAGUCUUCAAAGCGGGCAGCGAAGCCGAACGCUGCAAUCUUGAGUGCGAGCAUCUGCCCUAUCAGGUCGUGGCUAUGGCACUGCACCACGGGGCAUCGCCGACCGAGGGACACUACCAAGCAGUCCUCUGCGGUCAGCCUUUCUAUGGGGGAGAUAAAAAGUGGCUCACUGAUGACAAUCGCACUGCCUGCAUCCACAAACAUGCAGACUCGGCAUUGCAUCGCAAAGUGAUCGUCCGCGACACGCCCCUGGGCUGUGAAGGAGCCGUUGCCGUCUUGCAGACUGGCGCACGGCACAUUUUUUUGGAUGCCUGCGACCUGGGCGACGAUGAGGCUUGCGCCAUUGCCGACGUUCUUCGGCAGCUGCCCAGCGUGGAGAACCUCACACUGCGCAACACGCAGAUCACACGCGAGGGCUUUAAGGAGCUCGAAGAGGCUUCGAAGGUCUUCAACUCCGUGUCUUUGGACGUCCACACCCUCCAGGUCACGGCAGUGGAUCCUGUACAGAGUACGCAAGGCGAU